AAUGUUGCAAGUGAAUAGUGUAAACUUCAAAUCCUUUUUUGAAAGAUGAAAUACUACCCACUUUAACGAAUAAAUGCCAUUUUUAAAGAAAUUUUGGUCUUUCGCGUGAAUAAAUGCGGCUAUGGAGAUUUCAAUAUCUUCGCAAAUAAAGUGUUUAUUCCGUGAAAAGAGUUAUAUAGGUGUUUGAAAAAAUGGAAAUCUAUUCACGAUAGAUCGAGUGGAUAGGAUGGAUGUUGCAAAAUUUCAUACUUUUUGAUUCAUUUAAUUCUGAAACUGUUUCUUGUGAUUUAAUAAAGAAUUUGCAAAGAAAUCUUUUUGCAAAAUAUGACGCUGGCAAUACAUAAUAAUAACAACAUAACGUUGGCAGGGAGACAAGUAUUUGCAGAUCAUGAGGAAUGUUCAUUGAAAGUUUCACCUUCCAUCAUUGGGAGACCAUUUCUCGCCGGAGUUAAGUGCCAAAAACAUAUGUUUCAUCGCGUCGAAGCUUGUCGUCGGAUUGAGCAAUCUGCUAUCCCCACUCUCUAUCCUGCGCAGUAGAUGUUUGCGCAUUUCGCUGCUGACAAUCCAAUUCAAAAACCUCGUUGCCCUCGGGUAUGGUUCUUGAGUUGAUUUGCAUUCUUGGAUUUCCAUUGGCAAUCCACUGGAAUCGUCUAAUCCCAUUUGUGAGGUCUCCUCUCCAUCACUUGAAGCAGAUUCCGAACAGAAUCCCUGACACCAUUGGACACACUAGACACCAAUGGACAUACUGGCCUUGAGUGGAAAUUUCACGAACGGCUAGGAUGCUGGGACGUAGCCACCUAACGGUGAAGCGACCGAACUGAUCCGAACAAAACCUUUCUGCUAUGUUAAAUAGUUGCAUGUGUACAUAAGUAUUCAAAUUAAUAAGAAUAUUCAAUAUUUUUAUGUGAAAAAUAUAAUAUUUUGAGUUAUGAUAAGGACGUAAUUAACGUUUAUCUGCAUUUACUGUGUCAUAUUUUCUUCUUUAUUAAAUCUUGAGGUUAACCAUGGUUAUGUGACAUCAUACUAUUUUACGAAUAGAUUCUCUUCUUCAAGUGAAUCAUUCAUGAAACACUGUAUUUUAUACAGAUUGGUUUAAUUCUCUUGACUUAAAGUAGAAUUCAGGAUAUAGCGGUGGAUUCAUUGUUGAUUGAUAUGUAGAUCGACUAUGGCCCAUCGAAUCCUUCACAAAUAUCCCAGGAGACCUCCAAGCCUACCAAAGGAAAUCAAACAACAUUUUAAUUACUUACUUGUGCUUGAUUUUGAAGCUACUUGUAAAGAGUAUGAGCUUAUAAAACCUCAGGAAAUCAUUGAAUUUCCAUGUGCAGCUGUAUCUACAAAAAGUUGGCAAAUCGAAAGUAUAUUUCAUGAAUAUGUUAAACCAAAAGUUCAUCCGAAUCUUACAAGUUACUGUAUUAAAUUAACUGGCAUUAUACAAGACAUGGUAGAAAAUCAGCCACACUUUUCAGAUGUGUUUGAUAAAUUCCAAGGUUGGUUGGAAGAAAACAAUUUCUUUAAAGAUGAUAAUAAAUGUGCUUUCGUUACAUGCGGUAAUUGGGACUUAAAUGUGAUGUUGCCUGCACAAUGCAAAUUAGAGAAAAUAACAAUACCACCACAUUUUACCAAGUGGAUAAACCUUAAACAAAGCUUCUUUGAUGCAACAGACGAUUAUCCGAAAAGUAUGACAUACAUGUUGUCCGAUCUGAAACUUCCUCUAGAAGGACGUUUGCAUUCUGGCCUAGAUGAUGUGAAAAAUAUGGUCACCAUAAUACAAACCCUGCAUGAACGAUAUAAUUUGUUAUUUAAAAUAAACAGUGCACCCAAUAUAUUGUUAAAACAUUUAAGGAGUGGUUUAGCAUUAUCUCAAAAGGAAAAAUGAACAUUUGUUUAUUAAUAAUAAAAUCUAUUCAUAUAUAAAAUAUAAAAAUGCAAAACUAAAGCUGUUCUGUCAAAUAAAUAUUAAGUACAAGUAUUAACUAUAACAGUGCAAUUUACAUUCGUUCAACAUUUACUUUUAUCUGUACAUCCAACUUGUUGUUCUCUGUGUAGAUCUCGAGUACUGCGUUGAAGCUGCGCUCGACUUUUCGUUUACAUUGUAUUUUUAACUGGAAGUCUCUUCCCGUGGGUAUCAUGCCUUCCGCAGGCACAACACUCAAAUAUUCUACAUUUGAUAAAGCAGUCUCGAAAACCUGAGCGACUGUGCAUGUAGUUUUUAUAGUCACGAUUGCCUCCAUUUUGGUCGGCGCAGUUAAUAUUACAACAGAAGGUGCAACUAUAAAAUUAUCAACAUUCAUCACGUAUUGAGUUGUACUGUUUGCUAAGAGCAUGCUGAAAAGUUUGUAAUUUGACAUGAAUUUCCGUAUAACAUUUCUUUGAUUAAGUAUAUUAUUAGAAACUUACUCAGAGGGUAGAAAGCUUGCAGCAUUUCCGUCAUAUAUGUGACUAUUGUCACUGCACAGAGAAUAAAACAUUUGAGACUCAUCGGCAUUAUCCUGAAGAACUGACAUUGUUUCAUCGGCGCACACUUCCAUUGUGAGCAUAAUCUCAUGCUGUCGAAUCCCUUGACACAGGUCUCCUAGAUUUUGCUAAAUCAGAAUGAGUGGAUUAAUAAAAACCCGUUAAUAAAGUUAAUAUUAAUUA